UUUGUGUGGAAGUUCUGCGGGUUUGGUCCGCUCCGUGUGGCAACAAAAAUCUAGGACCGCGGAGGAUACGAUCGGAACGCGCGCGCACCCGCUUCCCGAACUUUCCACAGUUUUUCUCACUCUAACACUCGCUCAAUCACUGACUGCAUCUCUUUCUAGCAGUUAUCGAAUACCUUUGGACCUUUCAGCGAGCUGAGUACGGGUUGAAUGCUGCUAGUUUUGUGUUGUUGAGCUGAAGAAGCAAAAAGAAGAGAAGAACGGAAAACAAGAACAAGCAGAGAUUGUAUGCGAUCAAGUGGAAGAUCGGAAAGAAGAAAAUCCCGACUAGAAGAGAUAUCGGCCUGUAACCCUAAGGGAGGGGUCAUCAGCGUCCUUUGAAGACUUUGUGAGCUCAGAUGGAGGAAUGAAACGCUGAACAUUUUUUUCCCUCUUCGGCGACUGUUCUUCCAGGACCAGAUCAGCUCAGGUGUGUGUUUCGAUCGAGACGUGACGCAAAGUGAAUAGCGCAGAGCUCGCGCGAAGGCUUAAGAAAUUUUCGGAAGGAAAGAGUGAAAAUAAAAAUGAUGUGGAAACAUUUUGAUUUAUAGAAUUAUUGUGUUAUUAACAGAUGACAAAAAGUACAGAGUGAGACCCUUUCAAGCUGUCGUUGGAACAGGGAAGUUAAAAGUUUUGUACAGGAAAAAGUGCUACUUAAGCUGAGUUACUUCAAAGGAGGAAGAAAAAAGAAUCUCGAAAAGACCUGUGUGCGUAGUUUGUUUCUGGUUCGGGAGUAGUGAUUGUACAACCUGAGAAAAAGAGCCACAGUGGCCGAAGACAUGACUUGGGAAUAAAAUUAAUCAUCACAAUUAGUGUUAAAUAGUGUGCACUUUUGGUGACAUUGUCGGGGUUUCGAAGUCGAUCGAAAUUUUAAACGUUGAUAUCGGCCCCCUUGAGAGAUGGGAUGGUAACGAUCUUGCGCGAUGGAUCGUGAAGUGAGUGAUUUCAAUGAGCAAAAACAAGUAGCUCGGUUAUCGUCUGAUGCGUCUAUUGAGAAGUUAUGACGCGCACCUUUCGGAUGCAGAAACGACUAACGAGUCUAAGCGAAGGAUAAAAGUGCAUCAGGGUGUGGGAAGUUGAGUCCAACGAUUAGAAAAAUCUAUUCAAAAUGCAGUGUGCCAGUUUAAAGAUUGCCUUUUGGCUGCUAGUCAUUCUAGAGAUAUAUACCGCGAUCGAGGCAGUGGGGGCACAUGGGCCAGGGCCAGGACCAGGGCCGGGUGUUGUGAUAGGCGCCCGCAGGAGAUCGUCCAAUGAAGGUGCAAUGCAAUCGCGUGCCGUCGAUACGCGGGUACAGUUCGAGGUGUACGAAAAUGAGUCCCGGGGUACGGUGGUCGGUUACAUUCCAACAAAACCCGGUUUCACGUAUCGCUUUAAUGAACCUCCGCGGGAAUUUGCCCUCGAUCCGAACACGGGUGAAAUCAAAACCAACGCAGUUUUGGAUAGGGAAAAUACUAAAAAUGACCGUUACGAUUUGGUGAUUUUGUCGAGUCAGCCAACGUAUCCGAUUGAGGUUCGGAUUUCUGUGGUGGAUGUGAACGAUAACGCACCGGAAUUUCCGGAACCCAGCAUAGCGGUGUCAUUUUCUGAAAGUGCCAUAUCAGGAACCCGCUUGCUGUUGGAUGCUGCCACCGAUCGCGAUAUUGGUGAAAAUGGGGUCACCGAUGAUUACCGCAUUGUAGAUGGUAAUCACGACGAAAAGUUCCGACUAGCGGUAACGACCAAUCCUAACGCUGAUGUUUACUAUCUUCAUUUGGAGACCACGGGUAAGCUGGAUCGAGAAACAUGCGGCUCCUACACAUUGAACAUUUCCGCCAAGGAUGGCGGAACUCCACCCAAGUUCGGAUAUCUUCAGGUGAACGUUACAAUUUUAGAUGUCAACGAUAAUCCUCCGAUCUUCGAUCACAGUGACUACAUAGUCUCCCUGAACGAAAGCGUCCUUCCCGGGACACCGGUCCUGCAAGUCAUGGCUUCGGAUAACGAUCUGGGAGACAAUAGUAAAAUAACCUAUUAUCUUUCCGAUUCGGAGACACAAUUCACAGUGGAUCCGGAAACGGGAGUAAUUUCGACGACCGAACAGCUAACUUGUCCUCAUCAAAAUUGUCAAUCCCUUUCCCGGCCGGAUGGAACGUGUCCAAAAAGCUGCGUCUUUACAGUUUUUGCUCGAGAUCACGGAUCACCUCGGCAGGAUGGGCGAACAUACGUCACUGUGAAUUUGGUUGACACAAAUGAUCACGAUCCGGUUAUUCGGUUUCAAUAUUUUCCACCCACGGGAAGCUACGCAACAGUGGAUGAAAAUGCCGCCAACAGCUCAGUCGUCGCAGCUGUUUCGGUAGUCGAUAUGGACGAAGGUCUUAACGGGGAUGCAAGCUUACUGAUCGUGGCUGGCAAUGAUCUGCAGCAUUUCCGGCUAGAAAAAUCCCCCAGUUUUUACAUAGUUCGAGUGAACGGAGUGCUCGAUCGGGAAGAGAUAGGAAAGUACAACUUAACAGUAGUUGCGACUGAUCGAGGAACGCCCCCACGUACGGCGACUGCCCAUUUGAUAAUCCACGUCAAUGACGUUAAUGAUCAUGAGCCGGUUUUCGAAAAAUCUGAAUAUUCCACAGUACUAAGCGAACUCGCGCCUCCGGGAACGUACGUGGCAAGUAUUACGGCCACCGACGAAGAUACAGGUGUCAAUGCACAGAUUUUUUACGACUUUGUGUCGGGAAAUAACAAUCAGUGGUUCAAAAUCGAUCCUUUGUCCGGGUUGAUUACGACUCAAGCUCAGCUCGAUCGUGAAGUCAACGGAAACAUCGAACUGAGUAUUUCGGCCCGUGACGGGGGUCCAAAUCCGAAAUGGGCUCACACCCAGCUAAAAGUUACCAUUCUAGACGAAAACGAUGAGGCACCGGCCUUCACUGCAUCACAUCUUAACAUAACCCUGAACGAAAACACGAAAGCCAAAUCCGUCGUCGCAAUUCUGACGGCAAUCGAUCACGAUCAGGGAACCAACGGUAGCAUUGCAUACCUUCUACAUUCAAGUGUGGAAAAGAACUAUCCAGGCGUGUUUCAUCUGGAUCCGAUUUCCGGCCAGCUGACCACAAAAACGGAACUCGAUCGAGAAAAAAUCCCAAACUAUACGAUUCAAAUAAUCGCCCGGGAUCAGGGUAGCCCUCCGCAAUCGAGCACGGCAACAGUUCACCUAGCAAUUGAGGAUUCCAACGACAACAAUCCGGAAUUUUAUCCAAAACAGUACUAUUUAUCGCUGGCCGAUGAUAGCCCUAUGGGAAGACAGAUUGUUCAGGUGAAAGCAACCGAUCGGGACGAGGGUGUCAAUGCGAUGAUUUCGUAUGAACUUGUAAGCGGUGGAGAUGGGUUGUUUGCGAUCGAUGGCAGCACGGGGUGGGUGAGUUUAAGGGGAAGCUUUAAAAAAUCUUCCAAGCCCAUGCAUAAGCUGACGGUUGCGGCAAAAGACAGAGGUGGCAGAAGAGCUGAAGUUGAUGCCGUGGUGGAAAUCAUUAAGGAAUCUAUUGUUGAGGACAUCGAAUUCGAUACACUCAUCGGUUAUGAGUUUCAAAUGGUGGAGGACAAUGGACUUAAGAAAGAGGUGAACGAGAGGGAAGUUGGAAAGGUGAAGAUAAAACCCUCGACAAUGAUUCGUGAUGUGGAGUUCACUAUUGCUCAGGGUGACCCGAGAGAGUGUUUCAAAGUGAACGAAAAAACUGGUGUCAUUAGUAGUGUCAAACAUAUCGAUAGAGAAAUCGCGAGUUUUUACAGCAUAACGGUGGUGGCCAGAAACGGUUUGGCCUUUGGACAAACAACGGUUAACAUAACGAUUGCGGAUUUGAAUGACAACGUUCCGGUGUUUUUGUUCGAUCAAGAUGAAAUUAAGCUGCCAGAAAAUACGGCCGUCGGUCAGGAAAUUUAUCUCGCUAAAGCCAAGGACUCGGACUCGGGUGCGAACAGUAGAAUUGUGUACGCGUUGAGUGAAAAUCCGCAGAAUUUGUUUAGAAUUUCGGAAUCUACCGGAGUGCUUUACUUAAAUCGUCCUAUAUUGGUGGAACCUGGGACUGUUUUAAACUUAGAAAUAACCGCAACCGAUAGUGGAGAAACGCCGCUGUCCACCAAGAGUAGCAUAACCGUGACGAUUGAAGAUGUGAACGAUCACACGCCGGUUUUCGAUCACACUUCCUACGAGACCUCGCUGCUGGAAUCGAUGCCGGUCAAUUAUCGUUUUUUCGCCCUGGCGGCAUCUGAUGCGGAUAUUGGAGUGAAUCAGCGAAUUUCCUACGCCAUCGUGGAAGGCAACGUGGACGGAAAAUUCGGUAUCUUCCCCGAUGGGUUUAUGUAUGUGAAGAGCGCCCUGGACCGGGAGGAGCGGGACUAUUAUUCGCUCACUGUUACUUGCACCGAUGAGGGUGAUCCGCCUCGGAGUUCAUCCGUGCCGGUGAUCGUACACGUGAUCGAUGAGAACGAUAACCCACCGCAGUUUACCAACUCAACGUUUAUGUUUAGCGUGGCCGAGAAUGAACCGGCCGAUUCUUUUGUGGGCAAGCUGACUGCCAUCGAUCGUGACAUUGGCCGCAAUGCUGAGCUGAUUUAUAUGCUAUCCAGCAAACAAGAGGAUUUCACAAUCGAUUCGCGGAACGGAUUUAUCAAAACCAUGCACGAGUUUGACCGGGAAGCGCUGGUCCAGACGACUGGACAAAACUUCAUCACGCUAGAAGCGACCGUUUCCGAUAACGGACUCACCAGAUUGCGCGAUAAGGUGAAGAUUAAAGUCUUCAUAACCGACGUCAAUGAUAAUGCACCACAAUUCGUGAGGGCCCCUUAUAAGGUUCAAAUUUCCGAGGGUUCAUCGAUCGGCACCCAAUUGAUUCGGGUUUACACAAAUGACGCAGACGAAGGUCUUAAUGGGGACGUUUUUUACUACAUCGCUGAGGGCAACGCCGACGAGCGAUUCGUAAUUGAUGAUGCUACCGGGCAGAUAACAUUGGCCAAAGCAUUGGAUCGUGAAACGGUGUCAACGUAUAAAUUAACCAUCGUUGCCCAUGACGCCUCAAUGCAGAAUCGAUUAAGCGCCAGCACGACGGUAACGAUCGAAGUGCUAGAUGAAAAUGACGAUGCUCCAGAAUUCACCCAAACGCACAGCCAAAUUUCAAUUAACGAAACCACGCCAAUCGGAACAGAAUUGAUUCGAUUCCGGGCGACCGAUAUGGAUCUUGGCAUCAACAGCCAAAUUACUUUUUCGAUCACUUCCGGCAACCGGAGGGACACGUUCCACAUCGAUUCGACCACUGGCUAUUUGUAUCUGCACCGGCUGUUGGACUUCGAAGAUACCCAAAGCUACUCACUGAACAUUACGGCAUCGGACGGGGGAAAUCCACGGCUGUCGACGACAAUUUUGUUCACGGUAAAUGUAAUUGACUCGAACGAUAAUCCACCAAGCUUCCCAAAUACCGCAAUCGUACGCCAAAUUCGUGAGGGCAUUCCCAUAAACACCCCAAUCGUCACCGUCACGGCUGAAGAUCCGGAUUCCGGGCUAAAUGGAAAAGUGUCUUACGAAAUUUUACACCAAGAUCCGGCCAACCGUGAUCGACACUUUGGAAUCAAUCCGACCACGGGUGUAAUCCACACGCUGCACGCGAUCGAUCGGGAAGUGAUCGAUACCUACCGAUUAACGGUAAUUGCCACAGAUCAAGCCCUGAUCGUCUCACAGCGCAUGUCGGCCGAAAAACUGGUUACGGUCAUCGUCGAAGAUAUCAACGAUAACGCACCAGUUUUUGUGUCGAUGAAUGCGGCCAUUUUGCCGAUGAAAGAUGUCCGUCUCGGGGUGGACAGUCUGCCAGGUCCGGUAAUGUUUGUGAACGCUCACGAUGCCGAUUCCAGUUCCAACGGGCUGGUGACAUACGAAAUGAUCGGUGGCAAUACCGACCUAUUCAUGUUGCACCGAUCGACCGGGGCCAUUACGCUUAAAAAGCUGAUAUCGAAACCGGAAGUGCGUUAUCAAUUGUCCGUCCGAGCGACCGACGAAGCUGUUCAAAAUGAACGAAAAAGUAGUGAGGCAUACAUCACGAUCCUAACGACGGUCCCGAGCAGCAAUGGGCCCGUCUUUGCCAAAAAGGAUCUCUUCGGAUCAGUGUCUGAGAAUGAACCGAUCGGAACGAGUAUUUUGACCGUAUCGGCCUAUCUAAACUCCGUCAGUGAUAUCGAGUACUACGUGACUAAUGUGACCGGUGACGGGAAACAGGUGAAUCGGUUGUUCGACAUCGACACCAAGUUGGGCAUUUUGUCCACGGCCGCCGAACUGGAUCGAGAAUCGGGCGUCGAGAGCUACGAGGUGGAGGUGUACGCCAUCGCUCUCGGAGGAACGCCUAGAACUACCAGCACUAAGAUUCGAGUGAACGUGCUGGACAAGAACGAUAGCCCACCGACAUUUCGUGACGUUCCGUUGCAAUUUUCCGUGUCGGAAGAUUUAGCCGUGGGCCAGACUGUGGCGCAAAUAACGGCCACCGAUCCGGACACACUCGGCGCCCUCGAGUACACCCUGGUCCAGGGGAGCACCGGCACCGGGACCAAGUUCCUGCUGGAGAAGGGCACCGGCCAGCUCAGGCUGCGGGACACGCUGGAUCGUGAAACCGAGGACCUGUACCGGCUGAUCGUCAGCGUCACCGAUGGCGUCCAAAGCACCGAGACGACCGUCACCGUGCAGGUCACCGACACUAACGAUAAUCCGCCGUCCUUCUCCGAGCCGGCCUAUUCGUUCGACAUUCCGGAAAAUGCGGCCCGCGGCUACCAGGUCGGUGUCAUUUCGGCUUCCGAUCCGGACCUCGGCACCAAUGCAGCCGUAACGUACUCGGUCAUCUCCGAUUGGGCCAACGAUGUCUUCUCGCUGAACCCGCAGACGGGCAUCUUCACGCUGACCGCGCGGCUGGACUACGAAGAGGUGCAGCAUUACAUUCUGGUCGUCCAGGCCCAAGAUAACGGCCAUCCGAGCCUCUCCAGCACCCUGACCGUCUACUGCAACGUGAUCGAUCUGAAUGACAAUGCCCCAAUUUUCGAUCCGAUGAGCUACUCCAACGAGAUCUUCGAGAAUGUGCCCAUCAACACAGACGUGGUCACGGUCAGUGCCACGGACAUCGAUUCCGGAAUCAAUGGUCGCAUCGAGUACAGCAUCACUUCCGGCGAUGACAACGACGACUUCCUUAUCCUGGCCAAUGGCACCAUUCGGACGCGGCGCACUCUGGAUCGGGAAACCAAAGCCAAUUACAACCUGAUUGUCACCGCGCGUGAUUGUGCUAACGAGCCGGAGAAGCGAUUGUCAUCCACCGUACAGGUAACGAUCGUGCUGAAAGAUGUAAACGACCUUGCACCGGAAUUCGUGUCCCCAAACGAAACCAACGUGGCAGAAAACAUCCCCAUCAACACGGUCAUUAUGGCAAUUAAGGCGAUCGAUCGGGAUGAAGGCCGCAACGGAUACGUCGAGUAUCAGCUGGACCCGAACGUACAGAGCCCGUUCACGGUUGGCCCGGCGGAUGGAUUGCUGCGGGUGUCUGGCCGGCUCGAUCGAGAGACCAAGUCCAGCUACAAGCUCACCGUCACCGCCAAGGAUCGUGGAGAGCCACCCAAGUCCAGCCAGUCGCAAAUCCUGAUCCACGUUCUGGACGAGAACGACAAUAGCCCAAUUUUCGACCCAAAGCAGUACAGCGCGGCUAUUGCCGAGAAUGCCAGCAUCGGGGCCAGCGUCCUCCAGGUUUCAGCGACGGACAUCGACGAGGGUUCCAACGGGCGGGUGCGUUUUUCGAUAGCGGCCGGCGAUGACAACCGCGACUUCACCAUCAGCGAGGACAGUGGCGUAGUGCGGGUGGCCAAAAACCUCAACUACGAACGAAAAUCGCACUACACCGUCACGGUCCGGGCGGAAGAUUCGGCCAGCGAUACCGAGAACGGCGAGGUUCGCUUCGAUACGGCCAAACUUUCUAUCACCAUCACGGAUAUCAACGACAAUCCGCCGACCUUUCUCGAUUCGCCUUACCUGGCCUACGUCAUGGAGAAUGUGAUACCCCCGAAUGGCGGCUACGUUAUUACCGUGAAGGCCUACGAUGCCGAUACGCCACCCUUCAACUCCCAGGUACGCUACUUCCUCAAGGAAGGCGAUACGGACUAUUUCAAAAUCAACGCAUCAACCGGAGAAAUCUCGCUGCUACGGGCACUUGACCGCGAAAUGCAGGCCGAAUACAUCCUGACACUAGUGGCCAUGGACACCGGUUCUCCGCCACUAACCGGAACGGGAACGGUUCGAGUCAUUGUCCAAGACAUGAACGAUCACAGGCCGGAAUUCGAGCGGCAGUCCUAUAUGGCAACGGUUGCAGAAAAUCUUCCCAUCGGUACCGCCGUGCUGCAUCCCAUUGCGACCGAUAAGGACUCCGGACUGAAUGCCAAAAUCCGUUAUACGCUGCUCGGGGAGCAUUCUGAUCGAUUCGACGUCAAUCAGAACACGGGAGAAAUAACCACUACUGCCGUACUCGAUCGAGAAGAUAUUUCAUUGUACCAUUUCACGCUGAUGGCCCAGGACAGUUCAACAACCGAACCACGUGCCACGGUCGUAAAUCUUACCAUCACCGUGUCGGACACAAACGACAAUAGCCCGUCGUUCGAAUCGGGCAGCUUCCAUGUCAAUAUACCGGAUCGCAUCAAACCGAAUCAGUUCGUUUUUGGCGCUAAGGCGAUCGAUUCUGAUGAGGGCAUAAAUUCUCGCAUUGAUUAUUCCAUCAGUGGGCCCGAUGCCUCCAAAUUCCGCAUCAAUACUCACACCGGUGUGAUCGCGGCGUCCAUGGAGCUCUCCCAACCGGGUCAGAAUGCAGAUCGAGUUUUUAAUCUAUACAUUGAAGCACGAGAUCAAGGUUACGAGCAAAAAUCUACAAAGUGUGAACUAACUAUCGCGCUCAAAUCGGCUCAUCUGUUCCCGGUGUUUUCUUAUCUAUCGGAGACACAGUACAUCCUACCAGAAGAUAUUGCGGAUGGGAAAGUAGUAACCAAAAUAUCGGCAACGUCGCCGAAAAAAGGUCCUUCCGGAAACAUACACUACGCUAUUGCCGGUGGUAACAUCGGUGAUGCACUGCGGAUCGAUGCCAACACCGGAGAGGUGGCCGUUAAUAAGGGUGGUCUAGAUUACGAAUCCAACCAACAGUAUGAGGUCUGGAUUGAGGCUGCUGAUUCUGAUCGGCCGAGCCUUCGUAGCGUUAUGCAGCUAACGAUCAACGUUACCGAUGCCAACGACAACGCCCCGGUCAUGGAUAAACAAGUCUACAAUGCCGAAGUUAUGGAGGAGGAAUCUGCGGGUCUGUUUGUCAUCAAGAUUCAAGCCAGUGAUGUUGAUUCUGAAGAAAACGGUCAAAUAACCUACCGAUUGAAAGACGAUUUUGAAAGUUUUGAAAUCAACAGCGAUACUGGCGAGAUUUUCACCACCACUCGAUUGGACCGAGAAGAUCUGGCCCGUUACGCACUGACGGUUGAGGCCGUAGAUCAAGGCGUUCCACAGCUCACCGGAACAGCAACGGUUCUUGUCAAUGUGAUGGACAAAAACGAUAAUCCCCCGAAAUUUACUCGACUUUUCAGUGUAAAUGUUACCGAAAAUGCCGAAAUCGGUUUGUUCGUGAUCAAGAUCACUUCCUCCGAUUCCGAUAUUGGAACCAACGCAAAUGCUACCUAUAUUUUUACCGAAAACAUCGGAAACAAAUUCACCAUCGAUUCAACAACCGGAAACGUAACUGUCGCUGGACAUCUCGACCGUGAACAGCAGGACGAAUAUAUAUUGAAGGUAGCUGCCGUCGACGGAGCUUGGAGAACGGAAACGCCACUGACAAUCACAAUCCAAGAUCAAAACGACAACGCCCCAGAAUUCGAACACAGCUAUUACAGUUUCAAUUUCCCGGAACUUCAAAAACCCAUCAGUUUCGUCGGUCAAGUCAUAGCAAUGGAUCGUGACAAGCAUGGUCCCAACUCGGUUAUAUCCUACUCUCUCCAGCAACCUUCUGACAUGUUUACGAUCGAUCCAGCUACCGGGGAAAUUUUCAGCAAAAGAACAAUCCACUACAAACAUACCCAACUGGAAUCGUCCCCGGAAAACAUGUUCACCCUGACCGUACUCGCUACCGAUAACGGAAAACCACCGAUGUACUCAGAAUGCCUCAUAAACAUCAACGUGGUAGACGCUAACAAUAAUCCACCAAUGUUUGCCCAACGAGAAUACCUUUCACCUGCUCCGGAAGGUGCCACAGUUGGACAAAAGAUAGUUCAGCUUAUCGCCAAAGAUGAACUUGAUUUUGGAGUUAAUGCUGAAGUAGAAUAUCUCGUAACCGGUGGAAAUGGAACCAAAGCCUUCGCGGUCAAUAAAAACGAUGGAUGGGUCAUCGUUAGCAGUACGCUCGCUGAUUCCCCCGGCCAAAUUUACACGCUAAACGUCCGAGCCGUGGAUAAAGGUGUCCCGCCUCAGCAGGAUGAAGUGGCCGUGACAAUUGUCGUAACGGGUGCCAAUCAAUUCGCUCCCGUCUUUCAAAGCCCCUCUUACCAAGUCAUCGUUCCGGAAAACGAACCAAUUGGGUCGACUAUUCUCACAGUUAGUGCACCAGACAAUGAUGGUGGUCCCAACGGAAUGGUACGAUACUCCAUCACCGGAGGAAAUGAACGAAAAGAAUUCGCCAUCAACAGUGUCACGGGUUCGAUCACAAUACUCGAAUCACUGGACUACGAUAUGAUUCAAAUCUAUCAACUCAACGUUACUGCGGAAGACCUCGGUUUCAAACCGAAGAAAUCAAUGGCCAUGAUCACAAUUACCCUCACCGACAUCAACGAUAAUGCACCGACAUUCAACCAGACUGAAUAUGAUGCUUUCAUUCCGGAAAAUAGCUCUCCAAACACGUUCGUCUUCAAAGUGAUUGCCCAAGACAAGGAUUCGCCGAAAAAUGCCAUCAUCCACUACUCGAUUAUUGGAGGGACUGGAAAAGAUCUCUUCACGAUCGAAACCGCAACCGGAGUUAUCAAAUCCAAAACCAUUUUCGAUUACGAAGAACAAAACCGUUACACCCUCAGCAUCCUGGCCGUCAAUCCGGAUUCUCCGAUGAAAAACCGCACUAAAGUGAUUGUUCACGUAACAGGAGUUAACGAAUACUACCCCAAAUUUAUCCAGCCGGUAUUUCACUUUGACGUAUCGGAGUCAGCAGAGGUCGGUACCAACGUUGGUUUCAUUCAAGCUACUGACAAAGAUGCUGGCGAAGACGGAAAAGUUUACUAUCUACUGGUGGGAUCAAGCAACGACAAAGGAUUCAGCAUCCAUCCGGAGUCCGGAGUUAUGGUAGUUUCGAGGAAUUUGGAUCGUGAAACUCAGUCUCGCGUCGUUCUAACAGUUUUGGCUAAAAAUUUCGGAGGUAUUCGUGGAAACGACACCGACGAAGCUCAAGUUAUCAUUUCCAUCCAAGAUGGAAACGAUCCGCCUGAGUUUCUUCUCGAUCUUUACGAAGCAAACGUCUCCGAAGGUGCACAGGUUGGGACACGAAUAAUUGCCGUUAAAGCCAUUGAUAAAGAUGUGCGACCUCAGAACAACCAGUUCGGCUAUUCGAUCAUUGGCGGUGAUAACGAUCACUUCUUCAAAAUUGAUCCACAAUCGGGUCAAAUUGAAACGGCUCGAAUGCUCGAUCGAGAGACACUACCACAGCAUAAACUUAUUCUAGGAGCUAUCGAUACAGGUUCUCCACCUCAAACUGGGACAACAACCGUCAAUAUAUUUGUCUCGGAUAUCAAUGACAAUGGUCCAACUUUUGACCCCAAAGAUACGGUGGGAUCAGUGAUGGAAAAUGAACCUCCCAACACUGUAAUUAUGACACUGAGUGCUACCGAUCCUGAUCUACCCCCAAAUGGGGCUCCCUUUAGCUAUUACCUCAUAGGGGGACGUCACAAAUCUCUGGUCACCUUAGAAAAACAUUCGGGAGUGCUCCGAACGGCUCGCAGCAUCGAUCGCGAGACUACUCCUAAACUUGAUCUUCUGAUCGAGGUUGAAGAUAAUGGAAAUCCAAAACUACGAACGCAACACACGAUCACUGUGAAUGUAAUGGAUCAGAACGAUAGCCCAUCAAUCCCGAGAAUCGUUCACGUUCUAGUGUACGUCUUCAACAGUCAACUGAACGGUGAUAUCGCCAACGUUCAUCCAAAUGAUCCGGACAUUUCCGGUGAUUACCGGUGCAAAAUUAUUGGGGAUCUGAACAAAAAUCCCAUUGAAACAUUCACCAUCAGCUCCGGCUGCAAGCUGCGUUCAAAAUCAGCCUCGAUCCCAAGCAACGGUCACACGUUCCUAGUCUCCGGAAACGAUGGAAAACACUCGGAUGUAGUCUCCACUGUGAGUGUCGAAUUUCUUCGCUUCGACAAUGUCACCGUAGAAAACUCGAUCACCAUCAGAGUGGAUAAUAUGACCAGUAGUCGGUUUUUGGCAAACUACUAUCGUAAUUUCAUCGAUAUACUGAAGUCAUCGAUUGACAGCAACGACGAACUGAUCGUUUACAGCUUUUUGGACGUGAAUAAGGCAAUUGACAUCACAGUAGCGGUCACAAACAGCGGAAAAGGUUUUCGAACCAAGCAGUACCUGGUCGAUAAGUUUAGCAAAAAACACGAUGCCAUCAACUUACUGCUGCAAAACUCGAAGGUCCUAAUUGGUUUUAUCCCUUGUGAUGCGAAUACAUGUGACAAUGGAGGAGUCUGCUUCGAGAAGAUCAACGUGUACGAAGAUGUUCAGAUCACAGAUAGUCAAUCAUUGAUCUUUACAUCCCCACUGGUAAGGCAUGAUUUUCGCUGCAAAUGUCCAGAUGGAUAUACGGGAGCCAAGUGCGAUAAGCGACAGGACCCGUGCUCUCCUAAUCCAUGUCAGGCUGGUGGACAAUGCCGUCGACAGGGUUAUGAUUUCCAGUGCUCAUGUCCAGCUAAUCGAGAAGGAAAAUACUGUCAACUUGAACGUGGUGACAUUUGUUCGAGCAGUCCUUGUAAAAAUGGGGGCUCAUGUCGAGAAAGUUCAGAUGGAUCCUCAUUUUUCUGCCUUUGUCGGCCGGGAUAUCGAGGAAACCAGUGUGAAGCAGUGUCGGAUUCGUGCAGGCCGAAUCCUUGUAUGCAUGGAGGACAGUGCGUCAGUUUGAAACCUGGCUAUAAGUGUAACUGCGUUGACGGUCGCUAUGGUCGUCAUUGUGAAAAGUCCACCUUUGGAUUCAAGGAGCUAUCGUACAUGGCAUUUCCUGCUCUAGACUCAGCCACCAAUGACAUAUCAGUCAUUUUUGCAACAACAAAACCUGAUGCUCUGUUGAUCUACAACUACGGAAUCCAGAGUGGAGGACGGUCGGACUUUGUAGCGAUGGAAAUUGUGAAUGGUCGAGCGGUGUUUUCUUUCGGUGGUGCAAGAACUGCCAUCACAUCGCUUGUUGUGGGACAGGGUGCCUCCAGCAACAACACGAUCUCCGACGGAAGAUGGCACAAAAUAACCGCAACUCGGAACGGUCGGGUGAUGUCUUUGAGCGUGUCCAAAUGUUCGGACAAUGGUGAUAGCUGCGAAGAGUGCCGACCGGGGGAUUCCAGCUGCUAUGCCGACGAUACUGGACCGACUGGAACUUUGAACUUCAACAAGCACCUGCUAUUGGUAGGAGGACUAGCAUCGGCGGAUCCCAUUCUGGAACGACCUGGACAAGUUCAUUCGGACGAUCUGGUUGGGUGCAUGCAUAGCAUUUCAAUCAAUGGACGGGCACUGAAUUUGAGUAACCCGAUAAAAUCCUUCGGAGUGGAUUCGACCUGUCAAAGAAGCAGUAAUGGAGGCCCGUGUAGUCUUGGACUGCUGGAAGAUCCAACCCAGCCGCUGUGUGGAGUCUCCGGUCAGUGCAUGGAUCGUUGGCAUACGGCGAUGUGUCGCUGUGGAGGAUCAAUUCUGUCGCCGGACUGCUCAAACUCACUGGAAUACUACUCGAUAGCCGAUGGGGGAUUCAUUGAGUUUGAGAUAUCUGAGAAACACAAACGAAUGCAGCUGUUGGAAAACAUCUACAGUGGAAAGAACAUAUGGAGCUACGACGUAACUCGAAACAAGCGGUAUUCGAUCAAGACGGAAAAUAUAUCUAGUUUGACGAUUGCGGAAGAUCCACCCAAGUAUUUGAGCAUGAUGUUCAAAACUAACAAACCGAAUGGACUGUUGAUCUAUGCAGCUACCAAUAAGCACUACACAUCGAUUGAGCUGCGCAACGGAAAGAUUUUCUACAAUUCACAUCAAACCUCUUAUGUGAAUAUUACGGCAUCCACGCCGGAGAAUUUAGCAGAUGGAAACUGGCACAACGUCACACUACAUGCUCAUAACCGAAAUCUGCAAAUUAUGGUCGAUGGGAAGAGCGUUAUCGAAGAAUUGGAUUCAGCAGGGGUUCACGACUUUCUGGAUCCGUAUUUGACGGUUCUGUCCAUCGGAAAUGUAAGGCGAGAACUGUUUGUAAAUGAAGUUAUGCCUGCAUUUUUCCAAGGAUGUCUGGCUAAUUUCACCAUCAAUAACGAAAUUCAGCCGUUCAACGGAUCUGGAAGUAUUUUCAAACAUGCCAUUCACAGAGGAAAUGUUCUUCCUGGAUGUUUAUUGGCCGGACUGGGAGCAGCACAAGUGACUGACCCGCUCAGCAUUGGUAUCACGUUGGUGAUCGUGUUUUUUGUGGUGCUACUGGUAGCGAUUUUCUUGUCGUUUGUAGUAUUCCGAUUGAGAAAGCAAUAUAAGGAAAAAAGCGGUGGAUUGGGAGGACCAUCAGCAAUUCACUCGAAACAUAAUGGAGGAUCUACGUUGCUCAGCACAUCACAGCUUGUUGCAUCGGGAGUACAUAACGAUUUGAGUAGGGGCUUGCAUGUUAACGAUUUAUCGGUUCCUGGGUAUCACUCGGAUAAUAAUGACAUGUUGCGUAGUGUAGGUGGACAUCAUCUUGUGGGACCGGAAUUGAUUUCCAAAAAGUACAAGGAGAGAGAUCUUAAUGCGGGUGAACCACAGCGUCCUCAGAGACCGGAUAUAAUAGAACGCGAAGUGGUCAGCAAGAGUCCACCUCUGCGAGAAGAUCAUCAUCCGCCUUUGCCACCACCUAGUCAAGCGCACCACACCCAUGAUCAUACGCCCCCGGUAGAUUUGGGAUCUGAGUAUCCAGAGCAUUACGACUUAGAGAAUGCCAGCUCAAUUGCUCCCUCCGAUAUAGAUAUUGUGUAUCACUACAAAGGCUACCGGGAAGCAGGAGGAGUUCGUAAGUAUAAAGCCACUCCACCACCGGUAGCGACCUACACUCACCACAAACAUCAAACGGCUACCCAACAACAGCAUCGCCAUUCGCCACAUCAUGCUGGUCCUUAUGCACCACGUGUUCCACCCCAAGCUAGUCAACCUCCACCCACUGCUACUCCUAGACCACAUCAGACAACUCCAUUGGCACGACUGUCACCCAGCUCUGAACUUAGCUCUCAGCAGCCUCGGAUUCUAACACUCCAUGACAUUUCCGGUAAACCUUUGCAAAGUGCCCUUCUCGCAACAACAUCCAGUUCCGGAGGGGUCGGCAAAGAUGCGCUCCACAGCAAUAGUGAGCGUAGUCUUAACAGUCCCGUCAUGAGUCAGCUAUCGGGACAAAGUUCCAGUGCCAGUCGCAAGAAUCCUGGCGUACCCCAACAACCUCAAAACGUCAGUUCGGUUGUUCCGGGGCCAAUGGGCCUCACGGCUGAGGAGAUCGAAAGGCUCAACUCUCGGCCUCGGACUUCCAGUCUGGUCUCAACGCUCGAUGCGGUCUCGAGCAGCAGUGAAGCUCCCAGGGUAACCGCUCCACAUCUAGCACAUAUGCAUCACUCUCCAGCGGUAGAUGCUCAUAGUUCCACUUCAACUGACGAAAGUGGCAACGAUAGCUUCACGUGUUCGGAGAUCGAAUACGACAACAAUAGUAUGAACGGAGAUAAAUAUACCAAAUCCCGAGACGACACCAAUCGACGAGGAGGAAUGAACGAAAGUAAUGGCAACAAACCGCCUCAUCUGCCACCUUCCUCGUACGAUGGCUUCGAUUCGUCCUUCCGGGGCUCGCUAAGCACCCUGGUGGCUUCCGAUGAUGACUUGUCCAGCCACAUGGUGGGAAUGUACCGGCAACCGAACGGAGCCUCCCCAUCAGCAACCGGAUGGGAUUACCUCCUGAACUGGGGGCCCAACUUCGAGAGCCUGAUGGGCGUUUUCAAGGACAUUGCCGAGCUGCCGGAUACGGUGAAUGGGCGAGUGUCCAGCUCCCUCCGAAUACCAACCGGGGUGCAAAAACCAUCGGAAGAGUACGUGUAGGAGCGACACAUCCCAGCAUAGGUAGCAAAAUUGAGUGUGAAGAAGAAUGGUGGCGUUUUUAAUGCGAUGUAAAUAUUAGAGACUACUGAAUUUUAAACUGCUCACACCUCACAGCGGAGGUGCUCUAGCGUGGUUCAAUUUUUGGAAGAUUCAAUUGAAAGUUUACGUUAAAAGUGCAUACUCGGAAAAAUUAUUCAUCCAAAAAACUUGUUCAAAAUCUACGAUUACUAACUCUCACAAAAAAAUGAACCAUUCUAUUGCCACCCGUGCCAGCAAAAGGCAAACAACAGCCAACAGAAUCAGACAGGAGCAGGGCGAAGCAAAUCACUUUCCACAUUCGAUUGUGUGCAAAUUUCUGCAUUGCCUUGUAUCAAGGUACGACCUCGAGAGUACAUAUAAUAGUAACAUGUUUUAAGAAAUGGGUCUUGUAGAGUAGAUGAUAUGUGAGAAAAUAAAAAAAAAAACUUUCAAGCAGCGCCAUCUGGCGACAGAGAAAUGUUUUACAAAAGAGCGCCAGCAACCUGUACGUGUAAUUGAGGGCCCUCCAAAUGUGCAUUUAUUACCAUGACACCAGGCGUGUUUUACAACAUUCCAAUUCCCUCGAGUAAGUUUAGCGAUUUCCAGCAGUAAAUAAAAAUACUAGGAAAUCGAUUCGUUUUUAGUAGUGACAAAAACUGGAUCUGUGCUAUGUUUAUGUGUAAGAUACCUACAAAAUUUUAUUGUAUAUAAUAAAGAUUGACGAAACAUGCCUUGCCAUAUGUUCUUUGUAACAAUAAAAUUUUAAAAACACGAACUAUUAACCCUACAAACACUAAGUUUAACAUGUGGAAAGAGAUUAAAAUCGUUAGCUAGGACACUUUCUCGAUGUAUUUUCCAGUACUACUGAUGAAAUAGAGAAAAUCAACAUCAGCAAUAUUACAAAACAUCCGCAAAAGUACUUCCAAAUGAGACUGUUUUUAAAUAAUGAAAUUCAAUCUUAUUCUAAGUUUUACCCACUAAUAUUAGGUCCCCAAUAGUCUUCAGUUCAAAAUUAUAUCGUGUACAAAUCAACACUUCAGAAAAUUGAUCCUGUAAAUAGCUUAGAUACAAUCUGAAAUGAAUCUAGUGAAUUCAAUUACAGUAAUUUUUUUAAAAACAAAAAAUUCCGAAAAUAAAUGUUA